GAGAGGGAAUCAGGGUGGGGUAGGAGCAAGAAGGCUGUGAGGGAGGGAAGCUGAGAGACCCUCCACAGGAGGGGGUCACAGCAGCUACGGGUACCUAUCGGGCUGUUUGGGAAAGAAAGGGUGGUCACUGAUGUCUUGCAGGAGCCCUUGGUAGGUAGAGCCCACCAGGGCGUCCCCCAGACCCCACUAUGUUCCUCUUUUCCCGAAAGACCAAGACCCCCAUCAGCACCUACAGUGACUCCUACAGGGCCCCCACCUCCAUCAAGGAGGUCUACAAGGACCCACCUCUGUGGGCCUGGGAAGCUAACAAGUUUGUGACCCCGGGCCUGACUCAGACUGCACAGCGCCAUGUGGAUCCUGACGCCCUGCAGAAGAUGCUCAGGUGUGCUGGGCAGGACUACAGCUACAGGGGCUCCAUACCAAGCCACCCCUACUUCCCUGAGAAAUACUGGCUCUGUCCAGAGGAAGCAGACAAAUGCAACCCAAACUAUCUGUGUGGCAACCCAAACUACCUGUGCAGUAACCGGUAUAACACAUGGAGGAUGGGACCUUACAACUGCUGGAACAAAUGUACCACAUACCUUCCCCGGCUGCCUAAGGAGGCUGGGAUGGAGACAGUGGUUCGAGGAAUGCCCUUGGUGUAUCCUCCUAAGCCGGAGCGACUCAAUGCCUACGAGCGCGAGGUAGUGGUGAACAUGCUGAACUCGCUGUCACGAAACCAGCCGCUGCCACAGAUCACGCCCCGCUGCGGGUGUGUGGACCCGCUGCCGGGCCGCCUGCCCUUUCAGGGCUAUGAGAGCAGUUGCUCGGGCCGCCACUAUUGUCUGCGUGGGAUGGACUACAGCGUCUCCGGGCCACCCUGCACGGAACGCCGCCUGCGGCCUUUAUGCACAGAGCUGCCUACUGAGUGUGUCUCCCUGCGAGCACCGACCCGGAAUGCAAUGUGCUGUUAUAACUCCCCAGCCGUCGUACUACCCCUGUCCGAACCUUAGGCCGGCCAGGUUCAGAUUGGCUUUGUCGGGUGGCCCGCCUGCCCGCUCCUUCCUUAACUGGGGGCUGAUGCCCCAGAAUUCUCAGGAGAAUUCCCAGACCUACCCCCGCCGCCGCCGCUCUGGGAGCCACACAGGUCAUAAGACUCCCGAGACUGUCGCAGCCGCAACCAUGUACACCUUCUUGCCUGACAACUUUUCCCCUACCAAGCCCAAGCCGUCCAAAGACCUGAAGCCGCUGCUGGGCUCCGCGGUGCUGGGGCUGCUGCUGGUGUUGGCCGCGGUGGUGGCCUGGUGCUACUACAGCGCCUCUCUACGAAAGGCGGAACGCCUGCGCGCGGAGCUGUUGGAUCUCAACCGCGGUGGCUUCUCCAUUCGCAACCAGAAGGGCGAGCAGGUGUUCCGCCUGGCCUUCCGCUCGGGCGUCCUGGACCUGGAUUCCUGCAGCCGCGACGGCGCCCUGCUUGGCUGCUCUCGCACAGCGGAUGGGCGCCCGCUGCACUUCUUCAUCCAGACCGUGCGACCCAAGGACACAGUCAUGUGCUACCGCGUGCGCUGGGAGGAGGCGGCUCCGGGGCGCGCGGUGGAGCACGCCAUGUUCCUGGGCGAUGCUGGGGCGCACUGGUACGGCGGCGCUGAGAUGAAGACCCAGCACUGGCCCAUCCGCCUGGACGGCCAGCAGGAGCCACAGCCCUUCGUCACCAGCGACGUCUACUCCUCCGAUGCAGCCUUUGGCGGCAUCCUCGAGCGCUACUGGCUGUCGUCGCGCGCGGCGGCCAUCAAGGUCAACGACUCGGUGCCCUUCCACCUGGGCUGGAACAGCACGGAGCGCUCUCUGCGACUGCAGGCUCGCUACCACGACACGCCCUACAAGCCGCCCGCUGGCCGAGCCGCUGCACCCGAGCUCAGCUACCGCGUGUGCGUCGGCUCGGACGUCACCUCCAUCCACAAGUACAUGGUGCGGCGCUAUUUCAACAAGCCGUCGAGGGUGCCAGCACCCGAGGCCUUCCGGGACCCCAUCUGGUCCACGUGGGUGCUGUACGGGCGCGCGGUGGACCAGGACAAGGUGUGGCGUUUCGCCCAGCAGAUCCGCCAGCACCGCUUCAACAGCAGUCACCUGGAGAUCGACGACAUGUACACGCCUGCCUACGGCGACUUCGACUUCGACGAGGCCAAGUUUCCCAACGCUAGCGACAUGUUCCGCCGCCUGCGCGACGCUGGCUUUCGCGUCACGCUUUGGGUGCACCCGUUUGUCAACUACAACUCUUCCCGCUUUGGCGAGGGCGUGGAGCGGGAGCUGUUUGUGCGCGAACCCACCGGCCGGCUGCCGGCUCUCGUGCGCUGGUGGAAUGGCAUCGGCGCAGUGCUCGACUUCACGCGCCCCGAGGCCCGCGACUGGUUCCAAGGACACCUAAGGCGACUGCGCUCGCGCUACUCCGUGGCCUCCUUCAAGUUUGACGCUGGCGAAGUCAGCUAUUUGCCCCGGGACUUCAGUACCUACAGGCCGCUGUCUGAUCCCAACAUCUGGAGCCGGCGCUACACGGAGAUGGCGCUGCCCUUCUUCUCGCUGGCCGAAGUCCGCGUGGGCUAUCAGUCCCAGAACAUAUCGUGCUUUUUCCGCCUGGUGGACCGCGACUCGGUGUGGGGCUACGAUCUGGGGCUGCGCUCGCUCAUCCCCGCGGUGCUCACCGUCAGCAUGCUGGGCUACCCCUUCAUCCUGCCCGAUAUGGUGGGUGGCAACGCUGUAUCUGAGCGCUCAACCAGCGGCGGCGAUGUGCCGGAGCGCGAGCUGUACGUGCGCUGGCUGGAAGUGGCCGCCUUCAUGCCAGCUAUGCAGUUCUCCGUUCCGCCCUGGCGGUACGACGCUGAAGUGGUGGCCAUCGCGCACAAGUUCACGGCGCUGAGGGCCUCGCUCGUGGCGCCCCUGUUGCUGGAGCUGGCGGGUGAGGUCACUGACACGGGCGACCCCAUCGUGCGCCCCCUCUGGUGGAUCGCGCCCGGCGAUGAAACGGCGCAUCGCAUUGACUCCCAGUUUCUUAUCGGAGACACGCUGCUCGUGGCGCCCGUACUGGAGCCGGGCAAGCAGGAGCGGGAUGUCUACCUGCCCGCAGGCAAGUGGCGCAGCUAUAAAGGUGAGCUUUUUGACAAGACGCCAGUGCUGCUCACCGAUUACCCCGUUGACCUGGACGAGAUCGCUUACUUCAUCUGGGUAUCCUGACCCAGCCCAGGGCCCAGAAACCUAGCAGCCCUAAUCCUAGUCUUCAUGUAGGCCUUUAACCCUCAAAAUCACAACCGUGUAUCCCCCAGGAAGUCCCCAACUUUAUACCACCCACUAAGUGGGUAAUUGACCUAAAUGUGCUGGAACCGGCUCCUGUAGUGCGGGGGAGAAGACACUGAAGCAACCACCCCCACCCCCAACUCCAGUGCACAACUGUUACAGCCGUCCUCUCCAGGGGCACUCCAGUCUACAGAAACUCCUUCCCUUGGAUGAGGGCAAGAGAGCUCAGAGGAAAAAAAUCAGCUCUCUUCCUGUAAAACACAGUUGGGUUUUAAAUGCACAGAGAGGGGGAACUUCCCGUGGUGGUCCAGUGGUUAGGACUCCAUCCUUCUGCUGCAGGGGGCUGGAGUUAAGUCCCUAGUAGGGGAACUAAGAUCCUGCAUACCACAGUGGCCAAAACGAAAACAGAAGGGCACAGAAAGAAGCGUCACCUUCUGUCUUUGUCCUGAAAUGGUGACUUGGUCCUCUUGAAGGUCCCAAAAUAGCCUCCUGCCACAUUCUUGGUGUUGGAAAGUGCCAGGCCCCGAGUUCUCAGCACUCGCCUGACCUGUGGCUGACCUGGUCCCACCCAGCUGGCCACAACGGAUGGAGGUACUU